GCGGUUCGUAGGUUCGUAGUGGUUCGUAGUGGAUAACAUGGGAUUCUUGGCAAGGCUGAGAAAUGAUAACAGCCUCGUCAACUAUUGUCCUCUUAAACAAAAUCCAAUUGCUUCCUUUCAUCUCCUCCUCCGCCCUCUAUGUCUAUAUCCUUCAUCUCGGCCCCAUUCGCAUGUCAUUAGUACGACACUCCUGUUGCCCUGUUUUCAAGCGCCAAUUCAUCAAACAUUGCAUUUGCUGUUUGUUAGCUGCCAUGUGAGCUUCUUUGUUUUUGUUGUUGUGGGCAGUGUCUUCUUUCUUUAUUCUAGCGUAAGUCCUGUCUCAUGUCAAUCCUUUCUGUCUCGCCCAGGUCACCAGCGACGCGACAUGCUUUGGAUCUUGGAAUCUCUUUCUUUCUACCUUGAUCAUAUAUGAUGGACGACCCACGCUCAAACGUAACUAUGCAUGAUAUCGCGUUGCAUUUGCCUCUGAUCGGAGGUCUUGAGAUUGGACUUCCACCAGAACAGCCCUAUAUGGAGCGAAUUCCACCCUACUUCGUCAACAAAGAGCUGCCACCUAUUCCCAAGCUCGCGCCUGAACCGGGUUCGUUAGCACCUCCGAUCCCUCCUUACAACCCUUUGCGCUUCUCGCGAGCCCGUUCGAAUGUGUUUCCGACACGAGAUACAGCGAUAUCGCCGCCCCUUGGCUCCACAUCGUCCAAAGACUCACUGUCAAGAGUGCCAUCUUUGUCGCAUUCGCGACAUGCAAAGUCACCAAAGACACUACGACUGCUUGGCCAGCCGAACUUGACCCUCAAGACGCCCACAUACGGCCAGACAGACAGGGUGUGCCAGCUUACAGGCUAUGAUCUCGCAUCACCAGUUGAACGCCGCCACGACCGUAAACUAUCUACGGCCUCUGCAUCAACAUCAUCUAGCUGCUACAGCGACCCUGAAGUCCACCUACUCAGUGAUCGCGAAAGCAACGGCUCUGGAGGAUAUAUCGGUCUUCACCACUCACCCAACAUAGAGCCGCACUACACCCACAACAAAACUCUCAGCGCCUCAUUCCCAAAAACCCAAAGACGCGUCUCAAAAAGAUAUAGCAAGACCACCAUCGACGACCUUCUCCAGCGCCAAUGCGCGCGCUUCCAACACGAUGCCCUCUCUCCAACCAGCUCUCACGUCCAUUCUCCCAACUACUCUACAGCGCAAUCUCUAUACUCCACCCCCGAAACGUCUCCCCUCCCAGGUGCACCACACGCUACCGAAUUCACCCUUCCUCUCCGAAUCCGCCCUUCUCAAAGCAACGAGGAACCAGCCAGCAGAUUCAGCGAUGCUUCAACUCCCCCUGCCUCCCCUACGACGCGUUUCUCAGCCGGCAUACGCGAUAGCGUGCUAUCAAUCGCCGCGCACGCACCGUUUGGGCACACGCGUGCCGUGUCGCGACUCUUGGAGAGGCGAGAUGAAAACGCUAGCGAAGAGCUAUUCAUUGGAGAGGAGAGUUGUGAGAGUGGAGACGAAGCGGUGAUGGGGAGUGCUCUUCAGAGAUUGGUGGGGAGGAAGAGAGACGCUGCUUACGAUGCUGAGAUAGAGGGGAGAGGGAAAAUGUCGAGGGGUGGGGGGUUGAUGAGGAGAAUUACCGAUGCGGUGUUUCCUAGGCGCCCCAUCCAUAGACCCAGGAGUGAUGAAAAGAGCGGCAGUGGGUUGGGGAUUGUGAUUCCUGAUCAUCGACGUAAGGUUGGUGGACCGGACACUCCGAUGCCGGUGAUGGGGAAUGGGAAAGGAUGGGUUGAAGGUGUUUUAUCUAGGGAGGCGUCGAUGAGGCGGCGACAGUCUGUUCGGGGGGCUAUUGGGAGGGCGGCAGAGAGUCGGUGGGUUGUGGGUGGGGAUGAGAGGAGGGAGAGGAGAAGGGAGAGAUUGAAAGGUCAGAUAAAGGUUAUUGGAUUAAAGGAGGUGCAGGGGGAUGAGGAGAUGGCGGAGCUAAGAAUCUAG